AUGUUAGACCACGCUUGUCAUAACACACCACCACUGGUACAACAAACCUUCAACCAUGAUCACCAUGACCUCUUCCCUCGCCGCUGCAUUUGGGUUAACGGGCCGGUCAUCGUCGGGUCCGGCCCAUCGGGCCUCGCCGUCGCGGCGGGCCUAAAACAAGUAGGCGUUCCCUUCAUCAUCUUAGAAAGAGCAAACUGCAUUGCCUCCCUAUGGCAACACAGGACUUAUGAUCGCCUAAGGCUGCACCUUCCAAAACAAUUCUGUCAAUUGCCCGGCUUCCCAUUCCCCGAAAACUUCCCGGAAUACCCCACAAAGUACCAGUUCAUAGACUACUUAGAAUCCUACGCCAAACAUUUUGACAUAAACCCUUUGUUCAAUGAAACAGUGCAGUCUGCCAAGUACGAUGAGACCUUCAGGUUGUGGCGUGUCAAGACCGUCUCGAAUGGCCAGACCGCGGAGGUCGAGUACUUGUGCCGGUGGCUCGUCGUGGCCACCGGGGGGAAUGCCGGGAAAGUCGUGCCCGAAUUCGAAGGAUUGGCGGAGUUUGGAGGGCAUGUCAUGCACGCAUGCGACUACAGAGCCGGCGAGAGUUACCGGGGGAAGAAAGUACUUGUCGUCGGGUGCGGGAAUUCGAGCAUGGAAGUCUCCCUUGAUCUUUCCAAUCACAAUGCCAGCCCUUCAAUGGUGGUUCGAAGCUCAGUUCAUGUCUUACCGAGGGAAAUUCUUGGGAAAUCGACAUUCGAGUUGGCGGUAUCGAUGAUGAAAUGGCUUCCACUUUGGGCUGUGGACAAGAUACUGUUGAUGCUUGCAAGGCUUGUUCUUGGGAAUCUUGAGAAAUUUGGUCUGAAAAGACCAUCAGUAGGUCCUUUACAGCUCAAGAACAGUGCUGGGAAGACCCCAGUAUUGGACAUUGGUGCACUCAAGAAAAUAAGAUCUGGGAAGAUCAAAGUGGUCCCUGGAAUCAAGAGAUUUUCUGAAGGGAGAGUUGAACUUGUUGAUGGGAAAAUUCUUGAGAUUGAUUCUGUUAUUCUGGCAACUGGGUAUAGAAGCAAUGUUCCUUCAUGGCUUAAGGGGGAAAAUGACUUCUUUUCUGGAGAUGGAAUCCCAAAGAAUCCAUUCCCAAAUGGCUGGAAAGGCAAAGCUGGUCUUUAUGCUGUUGGGUUCACAAGGAGAGGCCUUUCUGGUGCUUCUUUAGAUGCCAUUAGUGUGGCACAUGACAUUGCCAAAAGUUGGAAAGAAGAAACUAAGCAGAAAAGG